AUGGAUAGAAACUCAAGUGCCUCAGUGAACCUCAGACCGAAUGAUUUACCGAUGACCAAGAAAAAUGACUUAAAUUCUGACAGGGUACGGAAUAGUAUCCGCUCCCUGAUUAACAACCCUGGAGAUGGUUUUGGGGUUAAUGAAGAAAAUGAAAGAAAUGAACCAAAUAGUUCGAAGAGCGAUGGAAACAAAAAACCCAGGAAGAAAAGGAAAACCUUUAGCUGCGACACUUGCAGGAGAGUAAAGACGAGAUGCGAUUUCGAACCUUUUAUUGGGAAAUGCUACAGAUGUAACGUCCUACAACUUGAUUGUUCCCUCGCUAAAAACAAAGAUGAUGAGAUUCUAAAUACUUUACGUGAAGAUAGCUUACUGAAGAAGAUUAAUUCAAUCAACUCGAAUCUUGGUUCGUUCUCUCACUUAAGCAAGGAUAUUUCUAACGAAAUACAAGGCUGUGUUGGAAAAAGUGAAACGGGCACAAUUGAUUAUCAUACAAUCAAUAGUAGACUUUCAUCUUUGGAAGGUCAUAUAAAAUCUCUACACCAGAAAAUGGAUUUGAUAAUCACCUCAGCAAGUUUAUCGAAUAAUAAUGAUACCGAAGAUGCAAAAAAAGGUGGUCAAUUUGAAAAUGUUGACCUAAGCAAUACAUAUGAUAGCGCUUCAACUUCCAGCUCGAAGACGAUAAAAAAAACAGGGAGAUAUAGUAAAGAGAGUCUUUUUCUGAAUGGGUUCAAAUUGAAGGAAUCUCCUUUGAAACUUAUGCAUGAUAUUGACGAGAGGUUAUUUCCAUCGAAGGCCACAUCCAGAGCAGCUAAGCUAGCUGGACAACAAAGACCGUAUGCUGUUGCAAGAGUAAAUUUUCUCCAUUUUUAUGAGAAACAUCAACAAUUAUGCCACAAACUAGCGAAAGAAUUUCUAGUGAGAUCUCAUUUCUGGAUUAUUCCAGGUGGAAGAAAAGACAUAGACGUGGAAUAUGCUCAUUCACACUUAUUCAUUACAAGUGUGUUUACCAUCAUUGCUAUGAGUUUCGCUGACAAUGACAAAUAUGCCGCGGAACAAGAAGUAUUAUAUACUCUAGUAGAGAGGCUGUUAACGAAUACGCUGACCAUGUUCGAGAAGUUGACUGCAUUUGAUAUCGAGGCUAUCUUAUAUUGCUGUAUGUUCCAUAUUUCUCGAAAAGCAAAGAGAUAUAGGCAGCUUAAAUUUAAUUCUUUAGUGCUAAGCAAUUUUGCACUCAAUAGUUUGUUACAUGUAAUCGAUUUUUAUCAAAUAAAGGACAGAGUUUUGGUGAGAGAAGAAUACAACUCUGAAGAUCUUUAUCACUUGAGGAUCCUGAACUCUUUGACUGCAUGCUACUUAGAAUAUUCUAUCAGUUAUGGUGAUAUUCGGGAGCAAGAUGACAUGCUUAAGGAGUUUAACAAGCUUGUGGCUAAAUUUCCACAAGCAAACUUUGGUGAUGACAUCAAAAUAAGUGAGAUUAAUUUAGGUGAUAUUGUAAAUGGAAUUUUCAUGGGCCUAAGAAAUUAUUUUCUACAAUGUCUAAGUGAUUUUGACGACAGCAGGCGUGGUGAUGAUCAAAAUGCGCUUGUUUUCAUUUUCCCGGAGCUAAAUUACUGGUUGAAGAACUGGGAAGAGCUUUUGACAAAGGAUGGCGCAGGCGUGCUAUUGUUUACUUUUGACUUUUAUCAUAUUAUGAUAUGCCGCACUUUUAUCACAGAAUUUUCUUCCACUUUGAAGGGAAACCAGAGCUUUUUAAAAUUGGUUCUCAAUACAAUGAAAGAACAUUCGUUUUCACUGCUGAAGGGCUUUCUAAGACUACCACCUGCGUUAAUAAGGGGUGCCCCUAUCUUUACAUGCCAUCAGUUGGUUUACGCUUGCUUAACGCUAUGCGAUUAUCUUUAUUGGUUUGACUUUUCUGAACGUCAACAUGUUUUGAGUCUUUGCACAAAAGUAUAUUGGCAUUUGAGUACCAUAGGGGAAAAAAUGAAUGAGGCUACUGAUAAUGUUGGAAAAAUUAUCAAAUCCAUAAUUGAUACGAGUAAAACUCGUAUCAAUGUUGGUAAUUUUCAACAAGAAAAUGAUGAAUAUGAUACAAUUUUGACGACGGUUAAUAAGCGCGUAGAACCAGCAACUAUGCAUGCCAUAAAAGUGGCUAAUUCUUCUACAGAUAAUGGUGUUUUGCAUGAAAGCUCAUCCAAUAGCCACUUCAUGAUACCUGACGUUGAUCAAUUCAAUUCUUUUGAAGAUUUUUUCCAGGACUUCUUCGAUAAUCUGAAGCCAAACUCACAAAAAAUGUUUACCAACGAUAGUAAGACCGGACAAAUUACUUGA